CGCAACAAUGGGACCGAAAACGGGAUUAAACUUUUAAUGAAAGGACUUUUGUAGUGCGGGCAACGACACGGCAGCGCGUAGUGGAAGUAAGUCGACGGAUCGCUUUGUUGGAUGUCAGUUUUCCGACAUGAUUGCCUUCUUAUCGCGGGACACUUACAACUUUUACCUGCGACACGGAAAUUAGACGCUACUUCACAUCCCCUGCUUGCCAACUAUCCCUCCUACAGAUUCUCGCAUUGGACGCGUUCAUGUUUGGGUGCAAACUGUCGCCUGAGGCGUUUUGUUUAAGCGUUAUCGUAUAUUCAAAAUUAAAAAUUAUACGAAAAAACUUACAGAUCGUCCGACGUUCCAACAAUUGUGAUACUGUUCGCCUCGUUUACCCAUUUUUCUAACUCGAUGGUUGUCCGUGAUUCGAUGAUAUUUUUAGCUGUGACUAAAGGAAACAUUUGACAAAAAAAAAAAGAACCAUCACGUAUGGAUACUUAAUUUCUAAAAUCAAAAUUGCUACCGAAAAGAGGCUUUUGCAGGUAAAAUACGAUUCUUCACAGAGCUGCUGCAGAUCCCUGUUGUGUGUUUUAUGGUUUACGGGAUGUGAUGUGAAACCUGUGAAAAAGGUUGAGUGAGGUCAAAAUUGUGUGAGUGACAAGACUUGUGGUAAAAAGAAACACAAAAGCCUAGAAAAGCUUGACAAUUUCUUCUAAUUAAAAGCAUUGUGUGCAUCCAACCGUGCGAAGUCAGUAAUUUUAAGUCUCAUUCAACACUUGUAUUAGACACACACUUGUAGUGCAACACAUGCUAUAAAAGCUGUCAAAUCCUACACUGAUUCACGAGUUUGCAUAAUGUCAAAUAUGUUGGUGGUGAUUUUGGAUAGCGCUGACGUCACAAGCGGAAAACAGUCGGAGCUGGGAUCGGUGGUGAAACCGGAAGUAGUGCGUGUUGCUGGACCGGAAAUGGGUUGGACGCUGCUGUUACUGUUGCUCGGGGUCGCGCUGGUGCCCCUCGUUUCCAGCGUCGAGACGAUCCCUUUCUGCGAACCGAUUGACAUCAAUACUGUCCACACUUUGCAUGAAGAUGAAAGGGCCGACUUCGGAGAGCGAGAGACGAUGGCCAAGAUGGUCAGCUGCAUCCUCAAUCGGAGUCUGCUCAACAUGGUGACAGAUCUCACACUUACCGGUCUCGUCCGGAAACUGGACCCUCUCUACAUAGGCUAUCUCGAAUACGACAUUUUCGAGCCCGAUCUCGGACUAAAUGUGAGCGGGUCGUUGCACGGAUUCAACGUGGACAACUUCUCAAAGCUGUACGUGCGGAAUCUGGCUGUGGACCUCCGGCGGAUGAAGUCAGACGUACAGUUGGAGUUCGAGCGCGUCCAGGCCACGGCCCUCUACAACAUUUCCGGGCUCAUGAAUCAGGCUAACACCACCGCCGAACUCUUCGGCAAUGGCCACUUCAAGGCGAACUUCUCCAACGUCUUCGUAAACGCAUCUCUGUCUUUUGCAAUGCCAAAUUUGAUGCUACAAAUGCAGGGUUUCGACUAUGACUACGAAGUUGGGAACUUCCACGUGGAGAUGAACGGCGUGUUCGACGAUCCGUUCCUGAGCGUGCUGCUCAACUCGAUGGCCAACGACGUGGGCACGCGGUUCCUGAACGAGCGGAAACCUCUCAUCAAAAAGAUGAUCCGGGAGCAAAUGAACGCCUUUCUCAGCCAGGUCGUCGUCAGCCAGAUGGUUCCGCAAGCACCCUUCGUUGCCAAAAGAUCCGGCAGAUAUUUCUGAUCAACCUCAAUCGCUCUA